CUUCUCCCAAUAAUAUUCUUUACUUUCUCUUCUCUUCUUCACUCCACAAACCCUAGAAAGUAGAAACAGAAAAGGAAAAGAAAAAUUCACCUUUUUUUAUGCAAAUGGGAUUAACUCACCAACACUAGAGAGCCACACACUGCAAGAUUCAGCUCAAACCCAUUUCAAUUAUGGCCUCAUUUUCCACUUCCCACUGCAUCAUUGCCUUCACAUUCCUCAACUUGUUCCUCAAAAUCCAAGCUUUGAACCCAGUUCCAUCUUUUUCGUUCACAGACUUGGGAAAAGAUCCAAUUUUCAAGCAAAGUGUAGCACUUUAUGGUAAUGCAAGGGUUGUCAAUGGCGAGUCUGAGGUUAUGCUCUCUGGGUCUGGCAAAGUGAUGAGAAAGAACCCCAUCAAGCUUGUUGAUGCUGCAUCAAAGGGUUUGGUCUCAUUUUCAACCUACUUUGCUUUUUCAAUUUCCUUCAAUGAGGGUGGGGAUGGCUUGGCUUUUGUUAUGGUUCCAAGUGGUUCUGAAGGUGAGUUUUUUGGUAAUAACUCAUCAGGGUUCUCUCUUGGAUUGAAAGGAAAAAGCGGAUUUGAUGUUGUUGGUAUUGAGUUUAGUAUUGCAAAUAGGGGUUCUGCUAGUUUUAAUGUGGCCAUUAAGGUUGGUGAUUCAGUUCCUGCUAAAAAAAGCAAUGUUUCUUCUGUUGUAAGAAGUGGUGAAAAAAUGCAUGCUUGGAUUGAUUAUGUUGCAAGUUAUAGGAGAUUAGAAGUUAGAUUGAAUCAAUUUGGUCAUUCAAGGCCAUAUGAUCCAAUUAUAUGGCAUUCAAUUGAUUUCCCAAGUGUUUGGGAGUCCAAAGAAAUGUUUGUGGGAUUUAGUCCAGUGAAAAAGCAUGAUAAUAUUAAUAGCUCUCAAGCAUGCUUUCUCUAUUCGUGGAGCUUUGUUUUGAGGAUUUUCCCGCAUUGGAUGCACUCUGAGCCGGUUGAUCCGAAGGUCCUUGCUACCAAGGAAACUGAGGCUCCAGUGGUGAAACCAAAGAGUGACUGCCUUUUGAGAAUUCUUGCUGCUAUGAUAUUCGGUGCCGGAUGUGGAGCUUUGACAGCAUUUGUUGUGCUUUAUGUGUGGACCAUCUUCGGCAAUAGACGUCCGGUGAUGCCGGAGGAGUAUGUUAUGCAGCCAAUGGAUUUCGAGUACAAGAAAGUCGACGUUGUUGUAGAUAAACCCAUCAAAGGUGCUAAGGAGUAGAUCUGCAGGAGGGAGCUAAUUGUGCCAUUCACUGUUGUGUUGUAAAUCAAUGUUGCUUGUAUUCAGGUUUUGUUUUGUUGUAAUCUUCUGGUAAAGAACUGGUUAGUUUACUUUUUCCUACGUUAUUGUCUUUUGUUAAGAUAAUUGAGAUCCAGAUCCAACUCUGCAUCCAAUAUUACAUAGCUUACCCCUUUUUUGUUUAUCAAUAUAUUGUGUAAUGUUGCUGAUAGAGAUUUAUUAUAUAUAUGGUUAUCACUAAUAACCACAAUCAAUCUACUUAUUCAAUGUUGAUUGGCCCAUAGUACA